CGGUAUUCCGUAGUUACCGGUUAUUGGAGGUCAGCCGCCUCUGGCGUGCGCUUGAAAUGUGAACCCAGAAAUGUCAUGAACUGAAUCUGAGAGACCAGGUGGUACCGUUAUCUACAUAGAAUCGAUUUGUUUUAAAUGGCGUAAAUGACAUCAAUGCGUUAAUCUCGCGUGAGCAGUGAUUUUUCUGCUCGACACAGACGGAAGUUUCUCCGUCCGUUUUGUCCUACAGAGCGCCAACUGCGCGCAGGCCUGUUACAUACAUCAGCACAAAGAUCAAUGAUCCAAGCCAAAGGACAUUUUCACUGUAUAUCCUGCGCAAACUAAACUCGCAACGAUGAGGAAGGACGUGAGGAUAUUACUUGUCGGAGAGCCCAAAGUGGGGAAGACUUCCCUGAUCAUGUCACUUGUCAGCGAGGAAUUCCCUGAUGAGGUUCCUCUCAGAGCCGAAGAGAUCACUAUUCCUGCUGACGUUACGCCUGAGAGAGUCCCCACUCAUAUAGUAGACUAUUCAGAAGCCGAACAGUCGGAUGAGCAGCUUUACCAAGAAAUAUCAAAGGCUAAUGUUAUAUGCAUAGUCUAUUCAGUCAACAACAAGAAGUCAAUUGAAAAGGUGACGAGUCACUGGAUUCCCCUUAUCAAUGAGCGAACGGAUAAGGACAGCAGAGUUCCCUUGAUACUGGUGGGAAACAAAUCUGACCUGGUUGAGCACAGCAGCAUGGAGACCAUCCUCCCCAUCAUGAACCAGUACUCUGAGAUUGAGACCUGUGUAGAGUGCUCGGCCAAAAACUUGAAGAACAUCUCCGAGUUGUUCUACUAUGCUCAAAAGGCUGUUCUGCACCCCACAGGACCACUGUACUCCCCUGAGGAGAAAGAGAUGAAAUCAUCUUGCGUCAAAGCACUUACUCGCAUUUUCAAAAUAUCAGACCUGGACAACGAUGGAAUCCUGAAUGACAGCGAGCUUAACUUCUUCCAGAGAACUUGUUUUAACAUUCCCCUGGCGCUUCAAGCCCUGGAGGAUGUGAAAAAUGUUGUUCGGAAAAACUUGUUAGAUGGGGUGAAGGAUAACGGUCUCACACUAAAGGGCUUCUUGUUUCUUCAUACUUUGUUUAUUCAGAGAGGAAGGCACGAGACGACGUGGACCGUGCUCAGGCGGUUUGGUUACGAUGAUGACCUGGAGCUCACCCAAGAAUACCUUUUUCCACUGUUAAAAAUACCUCCAGAUUGUACCACAGAACUGAACCACAACGCCUACCUCUUUCUCCAGAGCGUCUUUGACAAGCAUGACAAAGAUCGAGACUGUGCCCUGUCUCCAGAUGAGCUUAAGGAUCUGUUCAAGGUCUUUCCCUACAUGCCCUGGGGUCCUGAUGUCAACAACACAGUCUGCACCAAUGAACAGGGCUGGAUCACUUACCAAGGCUACCUGUCCCAAUGGACGCUUACAACAUACCUGGAUGUGCAGCGCUGUUUGGAGUAUCUGGGUUAUCUUGGUUACUCCAUUAUUCAAGAACAGGAGUCCCAAGCAGCAGCUAUUACAGUCACCAGGAGUAAGCGUAUUGACCUGCAGAAGAAACAGACGCAGCGCAGUGUCUUCCGUUGCAAUGUGCUGGGAGCCAGAGAUAGCGGUAAAAGUGGCUUUCUUCAAGCCUUCCUGGGCAGGAACCUGGCGCGUCAAAAUAGGAUAAGAGAUGAACACAAAUCCUACUAUGCCAUCAGCACCACUUAUGUUUACGGACAGGAAAAGUACUUGCUCCUUCAUGAAGUGCUUCCAGACUUCGAGUUCCUCUCUGAGGCUGAUCUUGCCUGCGAUGUCGUGUGCCUGGUGUAUGACAUCAGCAAUCCUCACUCCUUUGAAUACUGUGCUAAAGUCUACAAGAAACACUUCAUUGACAGCAAGACCCCUUGUGUGAUCAUCGGUGCCAAAUCGGACUUGCACGAAACCCGUCAGUAUUACAGCACGUCGCCGCUAGAUUUCUGCCGGAAACACAAACUGCACCCACCGCAGCUGUUUACCUGCAACACUGCUGAUGCGCCCAGCAAAGACAUCUACACCAAACUUACCACCAUGGCCAUGUAUCCCCACUCCAAGUUACGCUGCAUGUGCACCUGCAACAGGUGUACCUUUUGCAUCUGUCACAACCUCCUCAACUCUGAGCUGGUGCGCUCGGUAAAGGCCAAACUCUACAGUGCUGUUCUGACCAGAUUGAGACUCUUUAUUCAAGACGUGGGCACGUUUCUGUUGUCGGACGAGAAGUCCAGCCUCGUUCAUCAGGUUCAUGAGGUCAGCUUUAUAGAGGAUUCAGUCUACAUGGAGUCAUCUGUUGACCCGUUUGUGCCUAUUUGCAACAGACACAUGACCCAGGCUGACCUAAAGAACUCCACGUUUUGGUUGAGGGCCAGCGUUGGUGCCACAGUGUUUGCCGUCCUUGGCUUUGCCAUGUACAAAGCUCUCCUCAAGCAGCGGUGAUCGACGCAAUCGGCAUGCUACGUCAUCCCGGUCCUUUUCUGAUAAACUACAAUACCCAUAAUCCCUCAUUCCUGCUUUAUUUCAUUUUUGGGAAAGACUAAGUGCGUAGUAAUAGUUAGCUAGAUUUUGUAUAGUUACAAUUGCCUUAUGUGUCUCUUUCCAUAAAGUGUAAUAGAAACCCCUCUCAUCAGCCAUGCGAUGGUACAGGACAUUAACAAUACGUCGGAUCCCCUCUGCUGUUUGGACGUGAGGUUUUUAAUUUAUGCACACCGUUGUUUUCCUCAGGUCGCUAUUAGUGGGGUGUGACCUAUAUUGGGAAGACACAGCAGAGGGGCAGGGUAUACUGACAGUUGACGCAACACUAUGUUUAUAUGUGUAUAUAUAUAUAUAUAUAUUAAGAUUGCCUGUAGUUAGUGAGAAAAUCAGAUUUGAACUGUGCGCAAAGAAAUGCAGUCAUGCUCGAGAGAAGCACUGAAUGAAACAAAGCCAUUUCUCAUAUGUAAAGGUCAUUUUCCUCUUAGUACAUUGCAACUGUAUUAAUUUAUUAGUCUUUUUUGCCAUUGCUUGAACAAAGGAUUAUUUUUAUGCAAUGUUUGGAUUUUAUUUUCAUAAAUGAUGAUUUUCAUGUUUACGUUUUGCCUUGAUGAAGAUCAUGCACAAGAAAUUCACGUUUCACAAUUGAGUUCUUCCUCAUUAAACGUUUUGAUGUUAUGGGAUAUUUCUAUGAACAUACCUGCUUCUAUAUAUAUAUAUAGCUGCUUGCUACAUUACACUUCAUUAUUUAUGCUCAACUAACAAUCAUGUAGACAAAGUCACUAAAACACUCUUAAGUUUUGCUCUAAUGUUUCAACUCUUAUGCCUAUGUAACUUUCAGUGCAUUUUCCCCGAUAAAACUAAGGAAUUGUUGCAUAUAUGGAUUUUCAAACAUUUACAAUAAAUAAUGGUGUGAAUAAAUGUGUCUGUUUUCCUACA